CUCUGAAUUCUUCCGCACUGCACAUGCUACAUGGCGAUCGCUGGAACGCCACAAAGAAGCCUUACACGCCAUGACUGGUAACGCGAGAUUCACGCGCGUCUCGACAGUGAAGAGACUUGGCCGACCUGCUGGACAGCCUGGACCACAGCCGUAGUCUGAGCCAUGUCCACAAGAAGACCUCACACGAAGACCCGCGAUGGAUGCGGCACCUGCAAAGCACGGAAAGUCCGAUGCGAUCUUGAGAGGCCCAUUUGCCGCAAUUGUACGCGAGGAAACCGGCCAUGUCACUACCCGAAUCAAGUGCUGGCUCUGCCCAGUGCGCUGGGUGCUACCUCAGCAGAUGCACAGAUCUUUCCCGUACGAGACAUGGAGCUCCUGCAUCACUACACGUCAAUCGUGUACAGCACCAUGACUGAUCGGGCGGACGAUGACCAUCUUUGGCAAGAUGCAGUUCCGAGGUUGGCUUUUUCUUAUCCGUUUCUUCUCCAUGGUCUUCUCGCCGUUUCAGCGCUCCAUCGCCGUCAUGAGUCCGAGGGUAGCCAGAGACAGCCAUUGAUGAAUGUAGCUCGAUAUCAUCAGCAACAUGCACUCAAUCUCUAUAUACCUAUGCUUCAAAACAUCGACGAACAAAACUGCCAUGCUCUCUUCGCAUUCUCGAUUGUCACCGCUAUCAUCUGCUUCGGCAUGCUGUCAGACGAAGAAGAAACGGCACCGCCUUUGGUCAUUCGAGUAAUCGACAUGUUCGACGCGCUCUCCGGAACGGCCGUCGUAGCAGAAGUGGCGUGGGAGUGGCUGCAUCACGGGCCGAUGAAGGUCAUUCUGGAAAGGACCGAACCCGUCAGGGAGAACUUGGAUGGUCUGGAACCAGGGCUACGAUCCUCAUUGGAUUUGCUCUUGGAUCGCGCUGAAACGGCAUGUCUCGAGAACCAUGACCCGAGCGGUUUGGACGCGGCAACCCGGCGCAAGGCAUAUCACAAUAGCAUUUACAGCUUAGGCUCCAUUGCGGCCCCUUUGGUGUUCAAAGAUCGACCAUUUGGUGUGGCAAUGUGCUAUCCUAUCCUCAGUGGGAACGCCUACAUCUCAUUGCUUCGCCAUCGAGAUCCACUCGCACUUGCAAUUCUCGCCCACUACGGAGUGGUGCUCCAUCAAGUGGAUUACAAGCUAUGGGCUUUUGAAGGAAUUGGGCAACAGCUGACUACAAUUGUCGCUAAAGAGCUUGACGAUCAAUGGCUGCCCUGCUUGGCCUGGGCCAAAGCUCGUGUCACUCAACCAGUGACGCCUGUAUCAGACUCUACUAUUACCGACGCCUGAAGAUCUCGCAAGCGAGAUCUGGUAUAGCAUGGCCUGUCAUGACACAUACUCGAGGGUCAAUAUCGUGACACCAUCAGGUGUAGUCGUACAAGAAAUUCUACACAGGCACGAAGUUCUGCGAGAAUACGGCUCUGAUGCAGCAACACAGCAUUUUGCAGGAGAGAGCAACCACGGUCUGAUGCAGCAACAAAGCCUUUUGCAGGAGAGAGCAAUCAUGGCUGGCUUGUCAAUUGCCAUCGUCGCUUAUUGUUGUGCACCCUGUUUGCGAUAAGUAUUGCUCACUGAACACCAUGAGCCGCGCCAAUGGAGCUGUCCAACGGGUGUCCUCGGUUGUCACGAGUAACCUCUCCAGGAUUGCAGUUGCACACUCUUUUUAGAAUCAAGAUGUGAGCUUGGCGAUCACAUUCAAUAAAUCUCUGUCUUGCAAUGGCUGCUUUCGGGUUUGGGAUUCGAGCCCUCCCCACAACGAUGCUGGUCAGGAGAACUCUUACUCUCGGAAAGGACCAAACAAAGAUGGCAUCUGCCUGAAUUUUGCUGCGCGAUGCAACUGAAGGGCGCUUCACUUGCAACAAGCUCAUCGUGCAAUUCGGCACGGAAGCUGAG